AUGAAUUUUGAGGUUAGCACAUUUUUGUUAGCUCGACGACGCCAAUACGCUCUCAAGAAGCUCACAAGCCAUGGCUGUCCGCCUGGUUCACGUCGUUCAGAAAGAAGUGACGCCAGCUCGCUGGGGAGGGGAGAACGGACGUUUUUGACUUCAACUUCCAUGAUCACAUCGUCUUUCGCGUCCGCCGCACAACUCGGCCACUUUCACCCCUCCGUGCAUCGGCCCGGGGAUAUUGCCAUGGUGGAAUCCACUCUCUGUACAGAGCUCGUGGAUCCAGCAUCACCUCUUCGCCAGCAGCCACUGCAAAUCCCUCACACAGAGCAAUUUGGAGAGCAAUUUGGACAGCCUUAUCAUAAGCGCAAGCUUGAGUCGCAGAGCUGGAGAGUGAGGAUAACUCCUUCGGUUCUAGUUCCACAGCACCAGUGCAAUCCCCAGCUAGUGAUGGCACCAUGCCUCGCACAACUUGGCCACUUGUACCCCUUCAUCAUCAGCCUCUUUUUCCAAGUUGUGUCCCUCAACCGUGGCAGACCCGGUAUCACCAAAGUUCUCGUCAGCUCUGCAGCUCGUCCAGGUGCGAUUGCAAUUGGAGCUGGUCCUACAGAUCCGUCGACCUCACAUUUGUCAGUCAGCCCUGUCUUGCCAUUCCGCGCCUCUACACGCCUACUACUUGUGCGAAGGAGGUCUUCGCGUAGUAAUGAAGCAUUUCGUUCGUUCAACUCUGCAUUGCCAUAUCUCGGCCUACGACUUGGCUGCAGCUCCCUCUGCGGCCUUUAG